UGUUUGGCGGACGGAAAGUCAAAAUGAGUAAAAAUAUUGGUGUCAAGCCAGAGCGUCGCUUUUAGUACAUAUCGAAGAGAAAUGUUAAAAAUAUUAAUUAUUUGUUCGAAUAAAUUGUGUUUACUAGUGUUUUGUCCGACGGUAUUAUGCAAUAAUUGAUUGCCGAGCAUAAUUUGUUUAAUAGUUACGAUAUAAAGCAAUUAAAUAUUCGAAUUUUGGUGUGAACUGUAGUGUACUGUUUGUUCUUGUUUAUUUCCUAAUAAUUUCUUCAAAGAGCCCUAUAAGUUAACGGAAGCAUGGAGGAGGAAGACGAAUUUAAUAUUUUAGAUUACCGUUCACCAAAAGGUCAGCUUAUAAAGCUGUUAGAGCAAAAAUUGAAGAAGCCCGAAAUAGAUGAAUGUUUGGGACAAGUAUUGGAUAAAUUUAAUGAUCUCGUAAAUGAACAGACAACUUUCUUGGAUAAUGGAAUUUUUCAUAUGAACUUUGCCGAAGAUGCACUCCUACUGCAAAGUUGUGGACAGUUGUAUGCAAAGAGGGUUGAUAAACUUUGGGAUGAUCUUCUCAAUUUCCACACAAGAAUGGUCAAAUAUGAUGAACCUUGUGUUAAGAAUAGCGGUGAUAAUGCAAGAAAAGAAGCAAGAAAAUUAGAGCUAAUGAAACUAGAAGAGCGGCUGAACAGAGGUAAAAGAAAGAAAAUUACUUUGGUUGAACCAGAUAAUCAACCUUCAAGCAUUGAUGAUGAUGAUAAUUCUCUUCCUGGACAGGAUAUUUUAAUCGGAUCAGAUCUCUUUGAAGAAUGUGAAAAUGAAGAGGAUAUCCCAUUUAAUUUCAACUUUGAUAUGUUUGAUGAAUGGCAUGAAAUACAAAGACUUUGUGAUCUUGAAAAGAAGAAACAUCCAUCGGUAUUGGUAUUAGAGUACAGCAAGCAAAAGUAUCGCUUAAAACCAUAUUCUAUACCAUGUGGAGAUCAACCAGUGUAUGAUUUGGAAGACCCUGAAGAAUUCAAUACUAGAGAGGGUAGAUUAAUAUCAUGCCAGCACAUCCGACAUCUUUUUGAAUAUAAUGAUAGAUGUCUUUUGCCCGAUGAUGGUCUUACUGUGGGAAAGCUGAGAUUUGCAUAUGUUUUGAAGAAAAGGUGGCUUGUUCGGAAUAAAAUUGAUCCCGAUGCUCCAUAUGAAACCUACAAAGAGGCCUACGAAAAAUACCAGAGGGACUUUUUUGAAAAUGAAAAAAGAAAAGUUCAGAACAUGCCUCAGAGAAAUUCCGAAGAUUUGUUAAAGUUUUAUAAAGUUUUGGAAAGGAAAGAACAAAUAGCCCGAGAGGCACAAGAUAAGCUUAGGAAGCAAGGUAUCACAAAUCUACCUGAAAUUUCUUUUGAAAACCUGAUUGUCGAACCUCUAAAAGAAGGUUACGAAGGAGACUAUGAUCCUUAUAUACCAGAAGACAUGGAUAUAUCAGCAGAUCAUGAGACAGAACUUAGCAACCUGUUUGUAGACUUGCCAAAGAAUCCUACCGAAUCUACUGGAUCAGAUAAACUUAGAGCCGAUUCCGGAUAUUUUGAUGGUGGAUUUGAAGCUGAUGACGAAUCCGAUCAUGAAGAGUCAGGUUUAGUUAAAGAACUAAAUGGUGAUGAACCCAUAAUUGAAAACGUUGAUGCAAGUGUAGAAAAUUCUGAGGCGACAACAAAUAAUGAUAAUGAUAUAAAUAAAACUACUGAGACAAAUAAUAAUAUUGUUGUCAAUGAUUCUGCAGACAUUAAUGAUACAAUUAAUGCUUUGCCAAACGGUGAUGAGGCUGAUAAACUUCAAGCAAAUGAGACGUUUGACAGUGGUAUCGGUAAAGAUAAUUCUAUAGACAUUAACAAUGCACUUAGUGAUGUACUAACAGAAAAUAGUAGACCUGAUGUCUUGUCACAGAUCAGUGACAUUGUUAACAGCGAUCACGACGGGACCUACCAGAAAUACGAUUUCGAAGAUGUUAUCGUAGAAAAAACUGAUGAUAUGAUUGUCAUAAUUUACAAAAAGGACACUGAAGAGAAAGCUUUGAAGAAGACACGAUCUGUUGUGAAGAAGAUUUACAUUGAAAAAGAGAAAAAGGAACAACCAAAAACGUGUUUGGCAAAGGCUGAACCUGAAAAAAUAAGUAAUCUUCAAAAAAGGAAAUUGGAUGAUGAAAGUAUGGAUAGUGAGAUAGUUCCGAUCAAAAGGAGAAAACUGAGCAAGAAACAAAUCGAGAAACUGAAACAGAGCCUGAUUGAAUCUGUCAAAGAACAGAAGUUUGAUAAUUUUUAUUCGAUGAAUUAUCAGAGUGAGAAAGGAGAAGGUGAAGUUAUCCAUGUUGAUUACGAAUCAGACCUUGAAGAAAAUGACGGCGAAGAACCUGUUAUUGAUUAUCACAGUGAUCACGAAGGCUCCCAUUUAAGUGAUCACGAUUAUUGUUUACCUGGACCUGAAUCAAAUGAUAUAUUAAAUUCAACAAACGAACUCGACUCAUCAGGAUUCCACGAGACUAGCAGCAUAAAUUUCUCGAACACUGAUCUCAUUGCGGAAAUGAGCAAAAAUACCGGCAUUUCACAGGAGGAAAUCCUUAAGCGUUCUGCAACGGAGAAGGAACCAUUGAAUCCCCGCGAAGAAGAACGAAUAAAAUCUAGAGAACGCGUAAGCGAAUGGAGGGAUCACAUCACUCCAAAAUUGAAAUCGUUGAAUGAGAACGAUUUCGAUAUACAUGAAUACGGUUCGAAAAUUAUGGACAGUAUGUCUGUGAACGAAACCAAGCCUUUCAGCGACUUGGUUGAUGGCAAAUCGUCCGCUGAAGUUGUGAGAUGUUUUAUUUCAACUUUGCAACUGGCCAACACAAUGAACGUUGAGAUUUGCGGUGCGAAGAGUGGCGAACUCUCGAAUGAUACCUUCCAAAUUAAAUUGCUGAGCAAGGAACGAUACCAUGAGCAUUUCCAAGAGUAUCAAGCUCCCUCGGAAGAGAAUUUGAGGGACAAGUUGGAGAAAGUAAAGCAGAUUCGAAAAGAUGCAAAGUUACAUGAAAAAUCAAAAUCUUCUAAGAGGACGGAAGUGGUUAUCAAAAGUAUUAAAAUGAAGACUCAUUCGCACCCCUAUGAUUGGGAACAGCCAUCAACUUCUCGACAAGCAGACAAAAUUGACCAACAGAUGCAAGUGAAAACUUACAAGAAGUCUGUCACUAAGAGAAGCGCUGAAAUAUCACAUACGCCAUCCAAGAAAAUUAAGGUAUUAAACAGUUUGAUAGUGAAUUGUCAGCAAAUUGAUGUCUGCAAUUAUCAACUGCCGUCGAUAUCUCAGAACUCAACUGAAAUGGAAGUGGAGCCGAAUUAUACCGAGCCACAUCAGACGCCGUCACGACACAGCAUCGACAGCGGUUUUAUGCCCUUCGAUGAUGAUAUUUUCGAUCAGCAAGAGUCGAGCGACGGUCGAUUCUUUCACUCGACGCCGGUGAAAUCCAAACAAAUUCUGAGCGUGCGUAUCGAGAAACAGUAGUGGUACUUACUCCGGUAGUACCUAGUCGGGUGGUAUGUACAAAUAGACGUUAGUUUUUUCGCGCUUUAUUAUUUUGUGAGGUAAUUUUUCGUACCAGAUAUGGAAAUUAGCAUUUUUUAGCAUUAUUCAUAUUUACAGCUAUAGUCUGUAUAGCGACAGAAUGUGUGAGAGCCAUAGUUUUCACUGUCAUAAUGUCAUAUAAAAAAGGCAAUAAUAAACGGCCUUGUAUUGACAACUUCCGUCGGGCCGAUCUCUACAUGUCAUUUGGUAAAAAAUGACAUAAAAAAUAAUUGUUAAACAUUAUUGUCUAAAUGAAAAAGUAAACUUUUUCUUUCAUGUUGAAUAAUAAUUUUUGACAAAAUUUUAUAUAUGUCUUUAAUAAAUUACAUAUAUGCAUCAUCUCGACGGAAAUUGUCAUCGAUUCUCAUUUCUAGGGCCACCGUGACGCCGUUUCUUUCUGUCAUACGGUUGUAUAUCAAACCAUAUAUUUUCUGGCUAUACAGACUAUAGCUUCAAGGUUUAUUCUGAUUUAUAUUGGCAAUUAACAUUAACAUUUGACGUCAUUGACGUAGUUGAGUUCAUAUCAGACUAUUUUAGUGAUUAUUUAAAAUUCGUCGUUAACUAUAUUAAACUUAAAAUACUAUUAAGUUUGAUUAUUCAUAACAAUAAAAAUAUGCUAAAAUAAUAAUUAAUAUACAGUAUGUCCCCGGAUUGUUUUACAAAAAUGCAUUUUUUAUAAAAAUUUUUGUUUGUUCUAAAAUUUCAAUCCCGUUUAAACUUUUCUAUUUCAAAAUGUUAAAGUCUGUUUUAAAAUGUUAAAGAAGCACAAAAUGUAUUUAGUUCAGUGCUACGGAAAAAGUGAUAAUAGUUAUCAGAAAAUGUGAUACUUUAAAUAGCAAAAAUAUGACUUUAAUCAAAAUCACAAAACAUCCCCCUUUAGAACUUUUCUUUAAUGGCUACAAACGGGAGUAAAAGACUAACCGUUUGAACAAACACUAGAGGUGCCACCGGUCAUCAAAUGGUGUAAAAAUUGCGAAAAUUUAAUCAUCUAAUUCUGACACAAGG